AAAAAGAAAAGGCAUUAGAUGAAAGUGGUUCAAAGAGUGACGUGCUUAGCCACAAUAAUUUAUUGGAGGCAUUCGGAAUAAGUCAUGAUUAUAUUCAAUUUUGCGUAUGGGUGUUCCAACCUUUGAUUUAUUACAAAUGAUUGCAUCCUUUAUAGGAAGAGAAGACAUUCAUGAAAGAUUCCAUCUUCGCUAGCCAAAGACAUUCUGCUACUCUUCACAGCGAAGAUGCUGGUAGACAAACAUGUUGAAGAUAUGAAAUUUACAACUGCAAGAGAACUUCAAACAUGUUUUCUCCGUGGCGACGGAACACAGGCUGAAAAGAUAUUGUACUAUAAUCACACUAGACUGUUCAUGAAAAUUGAUGCAUGUCUGUUUAAACAGUAUAUCGCUCUCUCUCUUCACUCAUUGUGCAAACUUGCAAUACUGCUCUCCUACAUCAUCAAUUAUAAUAACAGCAAAUCCGAUCUUGAGCAAUGACUAUAAAGCAGUGGUUAAGGCUGCAGGAUGCCCUGAGCAGAAUAAUCUGUGAUUGACGCCAGACAACUACUUUUCCAGCUGAUACAGAAGGAAUCACGAUGUUACGAUGUGUAUGGCCAAGUUGAGUGCAACAUUUCAGUUUUGAUCAGAAGAAAUUGUAUCUCUUUUAUUACGAAAUAAGAAUUUACUUCUAAUAUACAUCUGUUGAAAAGGCAAAAGUUGUGGCGAGCAAAGCGGAAGAGUGACGAUGGACAAUGAGUACAGCUAUUUAUAAAGCGUUGAAUUUUAAUUUAUUCUGAAUGUUCAAUACAUUCAAAAUGCCGUGGUGCUUAGGCCUGCCAUGGUCUGAAAGUAUAAAGAAACGAGCGUGUAGAUAUUUAUUACAGCGAUAUUUAGGUCAAUUUUUGGAAGAAAAAUUGACCUUGGAUCAGCUGACAGUAGAUCUGUACAAUGGUACUGGUACUGUUUCAGAAGUUAAGUUGGAUGUACAGGCCCUCAAUGAGUUGGGUGAGCAGCAGAAUCUACCAAUUGAGUUUGUGGAUGGAUACAUUUCACACAUGUUGGUAUCCAUCCCAUGGUCAUCACUUCUUAGCGAUUCAAGUUUUGUUGAGGUGAAAGGCCUAGUGUUGACCAUACAACCCAAACAGAGGGCUGACUGUGGUGCAUCCAUGUUUGAAUCCAUGUGGAAUAGUAUGACAAGCAGCAUGCAGCUUGCAGAGGAAUGUUUAAAGCAAGGUUCGUCUGAUGGAAGGGAUUCAGAGCAGUGCCAGCCUUUGGAAGGACUUGAACUCUUCGCACAGGCCAUUGAUUCAAUCUUGAGCCGUGUAAAAGUCAAGUUUGCAGAUACAGUCAUACGUUUGGAACAUGUGCCGAAAGACAGCAACUCGGGAGUUGCUGUUGAGUUCAGAAUAAAGAACAUGGAUUACUUUGAUGAGGCAGGGACAGACCCACCAAAUUCAACACCUGGCGAAGCAUACUUACAGCAAGGAAACAAAACGUAUCAGGUGGCAGCUUUUACUGCCAGGAAGUUCUGUUUGGAGGGUAUCACAAUGUAUACAGACGAGUUUCCAUCCCGUGCUCGUACAUUCUCCAGAUCAGUCACGUCUCUGUCCAACAGCUCUACCCCUGAUUCCAAGAAUUCAGAUUCAAAUUUUGGAACAGCACCUGUUACGCCAGCAUCCCAGUCACCAUCAACCUCCCACAUAGCGUCUGUUCAGGAAUCUGUUAUAAAUGAAAAGACUUCUCACUACUCAAACCUGUCACUGGAGCCUGACCCAAUCCUCUUUGGGAAGCUGUCCGGUCGGCAGGAAUUUAGAUUGAAACUGAAGCAGGGCGAGGGAGUUCAGGGACCCAAAGUGGACCUGGAAGUGAACUUGGGUUCCCUGACCACUUUCUUAUCUGCCCGUCAACUCCACGUUCUCAUUGAGCUUCUGCACGGCCUAGCUACUCCUGACCUGGAGGAUACCAGCAAUGUAGCACCAAGGUCCCGAUGCAUGGAGAAGCCAAUGGAUUCUACCGACUUCCACAGGGUAGAGCAGGAGCUUCAGCAGAAGCUACACCCUACGUCAACAAUGCACACGAAGGGCUUGCAGUACACACAGGGAUGGUCUACUGCUUCAUUAGAUGACAGUGAUGAAGAGUUUUUACCAGUGCGUGGCAGACCAAUGAAUGAGAGCGUGUUGUCAGACGCAACAAGUAUGGAAGGCUCUGUUUCAUCAACAGUCAGUAGUAUUAGCAGUGCCAGCAAGUCAGGAUCUUUGGCAACUUCACCCUCUCACAGGUUCUUAGGGAGCAGCUCUGCUGGGCCUCCUACGACACAUAAUUCACCAUUUCAUCAAAACGUUCAAAACCGCACAAGAAAAAAGUCCCACAAAGAGUCUGGUAGUACAAUGUUGGAUUCAGAUCCGACUGCUGAAGUAAGCCGCUUUCAUGUCCGUUUAAGCAGCUUGGCCAUUGUGUUGCUUCAUGAUGACAUUUUGACGAUCUGCGUUGAAAAUAAUGGCAACAGCCUGGCAAGAUCAUCUGUGAAACAGAUGAAAGCUGUUGCAGAAGAAUUCUUUGAUGAGCUUGGAUUUUUUGCUGUAUCAGGUUAUGGCAGCAGGGACUUCAAUACAGCCAGGGAUGCAUUCCUUAAAUCUUGUCAACUUAACCAUAUCAGGUUACUGGCAGCAACAGUAAUAGUUGAAGGUGAUGAAAAGAAAACAUCACAUGCCAGUUUAAUGACGGGCACUGUUACAGUUGCCAGUGUUGAAGUGUUGGAGUGCCUAGUUGAUAAGAAAACACCUUCUCAGAAGGCCAAUGUGGAAUAUGUUGAUUUGCUGAAGUUCCAAAAGAAUUUAAUGAGUGAAGAUGAUCCUCAGGCUGGAUGUACUCUGGGCUCUGAGCCUGAUCUGAAGUUGCAUUUCAAAUAUUCAGAGAAGACAGUACAUCAUGGACAGACCAAACGUUAUAGUCAUCCUCGCACAGAUGUCUCGAUAACACUUCAGCCCUGUUUCUCUGAAAUUGAUGUUUCCAUUGUGGAUCGUAUUACAGCUUUACUGAACCCACAACCCCUUUGUAGAAGAAACACCAAAUUUGUUUCAGGACACAUGAGAAAUAACCAUCAGAAUUGUUUCUAUCAAGCUGUGGAGAAUCCCUCAUUGUCUGACAGCAAAGUGGACAUAAAGAUCUCAUGCUCAAUGCUCACUCUGAAGCUCAGGUUUCCGAUGCCAGAUCUGCGGCCUAUUCAUGACAUGGACCGUCCUCCUUGGUGGAGGCGCUCGGUCAGGAAAGACUUCCUCAUAUUUGAAUUGAGCAGUGCCUCAUUUCAUACUUUGAUAGAUAGUAGAGAAUUGUGCAAGAGAUUUGAAGUUCAGUGCAGGGACAUUAAUGGACUUUUUCAGGAAGCUGAUACCGACACCUCGGUGCCUUUUAUUCAUGCAUCAGCAGAUGACAAAAAUGGUAAUUCACUACCAGGUGGGGGAGAGGGCUUUGGCUGGCCGAGAAUAGUGAUUCAAGUAUAUCCAGAAAGCAACCGAGGUGAUCUGGAUGACAUUGGAGAGAUGGAAGGUGAAGAGAGUAUGCCCCAGAAUUCAAUAGAAACAUUGGAAAGUUCUGGUCAGAAAGAGCCUUCACCAUUUAGUUCAAAGAAAGUGAUUCAUGAAAGUGACACACCUCAUGGCAGGUCCAACCAGUCGGCUGAAGGUGAAGAACUCAUGAUACCUGGUGAUAAACAGGAAAUGACAGAAUUUAUUGAUUAUGCUUCUCGCAAUAGUCGCAUCCAGUUAGAAAUCUCCCUUCCGUGUGCCAGUAUACAACUCUCUUCAAAGCAUCUGUAUGAACUGAUUUAUAACAGAAUCAACACAGACAUGUUCCUGUGGGAACCAGCUGCUCCUAAACCAAAAAUGGCAUCACCUUCAGACCUGUAUGGUGGGAAUGGUCAAAUGGGGAUAGACCUUACGUCCACUCUACUUCAAGAAUCGUUAUAUCCAGCUUUCAGCAUGUGCAAGUCUGGCAUCCAGUAUGAUUCCGAUUCUGACUCGGAAGACACGGAAGGUGUUUACUACUCUGUCAAUGAACAUCGUCAGCGACACAGGUGGAAGCAGCAGCUUGAAGGCGGCAAUCAGCGCGGACAAAGCACCAUGACUGUUAUGCUCUCAGUUAGUCAGGGUGUAGUCAACCUGUAUGCUCCUGUUAGGGACUCUGGGGGAAAUGUGAUUCCUGGGCAGCAUGGUGAACUGCAGAUUAUGUUUGAUGAUGGCAGCAUGUUCUCCGUUUCAGGCUACAAAGGACAGCCUCAUGUUGGUUAUGUUUGUGUCCAAGUCAAUCAGGCUUCGUUCUACCACAAUGGCCUAGUAGCAACACCGUAUGAAACGCCUCACUUGAAGAUGGUCGGCACCCCUCCUCCAUCACAUCUAGACCCAACUAUAUAUCACUCUGAAGCAGGGGCAGUAAUUGGUUCAUCAGAACCAGUUGGCACAGGCAAUAGCAGUGAUAGUCUAGACAUGCUUACUGUUGCUAUUAAGAUCCAAGUGGAUGAUUCUGUCCACAACCUCAAGACUUUCCGAGUAGCAGCAGGCCUUCGAGGUGCUACCCUGAGGCAUCGGAUGUGCACUAGCAACCACAGUUGGUUCACGCAGAUCGUAGACUUCUUUGAUGUGAUCGACUAUCCUGUGGCUGGCUAUGCUCCGCCUGGAGUAAUCACAGAAUUGCACAUGCAUCUGUGGGACUGUGCUGUGGAUUACAGGCCACUGCACCUUCCUUUGAAGUCCAUGGUAACAUUUGGCAGCUUCAGUAUAUCCAGUAAUAUUGCAGCACAAACAAGCACUUCCACCCUCCGCUUCAUGGCAGAAGACGCUGCAUUAUUUAUCUCUGAUAAGACUGGCUCAAGGCAUCUGUCACGACCUGUGGAUCUGCGAAAAGACUAUGUGUGCGUGCUGGACUGGGGUCUGUUUGAACUCUCAUUAAGACUGUGUGACAGAGCAGGAGAGCAGAAUAAAGGAAGCCCAAGAGUCGAUCUGCGUGCAUCGAAUAAUAUCCUCCAUGUUCGAACUUGUGCCGACUCGGGUAAAGCCUUGACUGACCUGUUGAUGUACUUUGCUUCGGACGGUGAUCUCAUGUCGAUGGAUGGUAGUAAAAACUCUGAAAACACUACAUCUAGUGGAAAUGCAAAAGUGGAUCAAGUGCUUGUAAACAUGAGUGCAGUGGACAGUAAUCAAAAUAAUGCUCACAAUCUCUCCAAAUCACAAGUGGAACAUGUACAUGACAUGAUGGAGGAAGCUAUGAAAGACACAAAUGGUAUCCACUCAAAAGGAAAAUCAAGAUUGCCAAGAUCAAAUCAGAGCAAGAAAGGGGUGGAAGUAUUUUUCUUCCCAGAUGAGAAUUGUCCACUACCUGCUAAACCUCUAAACGAUUCUGAGUUCUGCCAGUCCAUGGAUGAUGAGGAUGAUGACUGGGAGAAGGGCUUCUGUAUCGUGGAUAAAGAAGCAGAAUCCGGAAUCAUGCCUGGGCAUGGUAAACCUGAAGUCCGAAUACUUACACAAGAUCCGGUGCGAGUGGUGGAUAACCACUUCUCAGUACCACUGGGGAAGACAGACCAACUGCGCGCUCCAGAACACUUUCCAGAUGCUAUACUUUGCUAUACACUGUGUGAGAUGACAGUCAUCUGGCACAUGUAUGGAGGUCAGGACUUCGGUCAGGCACAACCUCAGAAUAAAACACAGAACACCAAGAAACAGGUCAAGAUUGACGAUAACUACAGGACAGGAUGCAGCAGUUGUCCAUCCUCUCCACCUUUCACGAUGCACCAUUUUGCCCGUUCACCCAGUGACACCCACAUCAGUGGUAAAGGCUUCGUAACAUACUCAAAAUCCAUUCCUUCUGAGGUAAGGAAUGAGUUGAUUACUAGAAAAAUCUUUUUAGGAGAUUUUCUUUAUGUCAUGUGAUAUGUGAAAUGUGAAACAUAAACUAGUGCUGCAUGUCACAUUUAGCACAUGUUUAGACAUUUGGAUGCUGUGGGACAGUCAUGAAUGGUUGGUUCAAGACACAACAAAUG